GCUUUGAAAUCACAUAUCAGAACACACACAGGAGAAACACCUUUCAGCUGCGAGUAUUGUGACUAUAAAUGUGCUCAAUCAAGUGCUUUGAAAUCACAUAUCAGAACACAUACAGGAGAAACACCUUUCAGCUGCAAGUAUUGUGACUAUAAAUGUGCUCUAUCUGGUAAUUUGAAGAGACACAUGAGAAAACACACUGGGGAAAAGCCUUUCAGUUGUGAGUUAUGUGACUAUAAAUGUGCUCAAUCAAGUGCUUUGAAAACACAUAUCAGAACACAUACAGGAGAAACACCUUUCAGCUGCAAGUAUUGUGACUAUAAAUGUGCUCAAUCAAGUGCUUUGAAAUCACAUAUCAGAACACACACAGGAGAAACACCUUUCAGCUGCGACUUUUGUGACUAUAAAUGUGCUCAAUCAAGUGCUUUGAAAUCACAUAUCAGAACACAUACAGGAGAAACACCUUUCAGCUGCAAGUAUUGUGACUAUAAAUGUGCUCUAUCUGGUAAUUUGAAGAGACACAUGAGAAAACACACUGGGGAAAAGCCUUUCAGUUGUGAGUUAUGUGACUAUAAAUGUGCUCAAUCAAGUGCUUUGAAAUCACAUAUCAGAACACAUACAGGAGAAACACCUUUCAGCUGCGAGUAUUGUGACUAUAAAUGUGCUCAAUCAAGUGCUUUGAAAUCACAUAUCAGAACACAUACAGGAGAAACACCUUUCAGCUGCGAGUUUUGUGACUUUAAAUGUGCUCAGUCAGGUAAUUUGAAAUCACAUAUCAGAACACAUACAGGAGAAACACCUUUCAGUUGUGAGUUAUGUGACUAUAAAUGUGCUCAAUCAAGUGCUUUGAAAUCACAUAUCAGAACACACACAGGAGAAACACCUUUCAGCUGCGAGUAUUGUGACUAUAAAUGUGCUCAAUCAAGUGCUUUGAAAUCACAUAUCAGAACACAUACAGGAGAAACACCUUUCAGCUGCAAGUAUUGUGACUAUAAAUGUGCUCUAUCUGGUAAUUUGAAGAGACACAUGAGAAAACACACUGGGGAAAAGCCUUUCAGUUGUGAGUUAUGUGACUAUAAAUGUGCUCAAUCAAGUGCUUUGAAAUCACAUAUCAGAACACAUACAGGAGAAACACCUUUCAGCUGCAAGUAUUGUGACUAUAAAUGUGCUCAAUCAAGUGCUUUGAAAUCACAUAUCAGAACACACACAGGAGAAACACCUUUCAGCUGCGACUUUUGUGACUAUAAAUGUGCUCAAUCAAGUGCUUUGAAAUCACAUAUCAGAACACAUACAGGAGAAACACCUUUCAGCUGCGAGUUUUGUGACUUUAAAUGUGCUCAGUCAGGUAAUUUGAAAUCACAUAUCAGAACACACACAGGAGAAACACCUUUCAGCUGCGAGUAUUGUGACUAUAAAUGUGCUCAAUCAAGUGCUUUGAAAUCACAUAUUCGAACACAUACAGGAGAAACACCUUUCAGCUGCGAGUUUUGUGACUUUAAAUGUGCUCAGUCAGGUAAUUUGAAAUCACAUAUCAGAACACACACAGGAGAAACACCUUUCAGCUGCAAGUAUUGUGACUAUAAAUGUGCUCAAUCUGGUACUUUGAAGAGACAUAUAAGAACACAUAAAGGAGAAACAACUACUAGCUGAAAAUUUGUGACUUUACAUGUACUCAUUCAAAUUUAUUUUACUGUGUUUCUUAGAGUGGUCACUAAUAACAGGACAAGUGUGUUGAACAUGUGUGUACACUCAUGUCACCAUUCAUUGUUGUGUCAUCACAGCUAAAGGCUUCAAACAACAUUAUUUGAGGUUCUGAGUAUUGGCCCACACCUUGACUCUAUUCAAAUUGCCAGGGUCACCCUGGGCUGGCGUCUGGGGAGGGGCAGAGUUGGGGAUGCUGCUCUCAGUGUGGUGUGUGCCGGCCGGUGGUUGGAGCGGCCUUUUGGGGACGGCUGGGCUCCCCGCGGUGUUCGGUGUCCUCCAGAUACACCACGGUUGUCAUCUCACAAGACUGAAAUUCUCUCCUUUCUGAGAGGUGAUAGGCCAUGCUUUUGCACUACCUGGAGGGAAAGGGAGUUGCUAGGAGUGGUGGGAGAGUAGUGGCAGUCAUCACUGUCCUUGUAGUGCAUAGCAACAGGUCAAAACUCAUCAGAAAUGGUCCAGGUGUCUUCCGGACCUCAAAUGAGCCUUUGUGGCUGAUUCCGGUUUGCCUCCAGAUCAAGUGGUGUUCGGUUCGUCCUCUUAGGGACCCCUACGGGUGGCAACAGGUCACCUAACCUGUUUUUUAAUAAAUUAAUUAUUCAAACUUAAAUAGUGCAGCAAAGAAAAAAUAAACCACAUUUAUUUGGAUAUAGAAAAAUCUAACCUCAAAAAACUUGCUGAAAGCCUUUCCCUGUGAUGACACAACAAUCUAUGACAAUAUUUGAAUCAUGCAUGUCUUACCGUUAGUGGCCAGCCUUAUGAAAUCAACCUUGCACUUUCCAUUACCUACUCACAAGCAUUACCUGCUCACAUGGUCAUCAUCCACAAUAAUUAUCAAGUCAUUUGAUAAAUAUAGUAUCACGUUGAUAUUUUCCCCCACCAUCAACUCAAUGUCAUGCAGCUUGAUCGUCUGCUUCUCCCUCAAUAGCUCUCCUAUAGUGAGGUCCACGUUAUAAUGGCAGUAUUUGAUUAACAUUGGUGUUGCUUACCCUGUGUAUCAUUCAUCAAAGCAGAAAGGGCUAUCAUUUUCUAGCUCUGCAACAUUUCCAGAUAAUUUUCUAACAAUGUAGAAAUAUGAUCAAUUAACAAAAUAUUCAUUCUCAAUAGUUAUGAAAAUUUAGUAUUUAAUCUUUAGCAAAUAUAUUUUCCCGAGGAAUAAAAUAUAAUUGAUCACUCUAAACAAGAAUGAACAGUUAAUAUUACAUCAGAUAUACCAGUAUCAGCUAGCCUUCAUAGAAGACAGUGACAAGGCAGAGAAUUGGCAAUGCUGUUCCGCUAUCUUUCUCCACUGCCAUUAUAACAUGAACCUCACUAUAGUUGGCCUCAACCUGGUUCCACCAUCCUUGCCCAGGUCUAGGAACACUCAUGGAGCUCACACUUCCUGUAUAUUUCUGAGUAUGAUAUUGUCAUUGGUGAAACCCUGCUUCUUGCUAUCAAGAUGAAUUCUCUUAAUUCAGAAAAAUUAGUCUUGAUUUACUGGGUAAUAUGUAGGUAUUUAAGAAUGUAAGUAUUCAACAUUUUCCAAUCAAUCAUUUAUAAUUUAUUGGCAUGGGUAAUUUAACAGAUACAUGAUAUUGAUGUUCGGUACAUUCAAAAUAUUACAAAAACUUUAAUAAAAAUCAGGAUUAAAAAACUCACAUAAAUUACACAGAUCAAAAUUAAUGGCUACAAAAAAAAAAAUGUGGAGGCCAUCUAAAACUAACCACCAUAUCACAAAAAUAUGUCAUUGUUGAAAAUGUUAUCCCACUUCUCCACUAGUCAGUAUUUAACUCUUUUAUCAAAUGGAUUCAGAAUUUGGGUAUUUCUUAUAUCAUGGAAGCAGAUAUUUGAAAACUUUUUGACUAAUAAUAUUGGGUUCCUUUCAUGAUACUAUGGUGCUGCUUCAGUUUAACAACAUUCCUGAAUAUUCUAUUGUAUUGACGAAUAUCUGCACUCAUUGUCCAAUCACUUUGCAACUGAAUUAUUAUUAAGUUCCAUAUUAUAUUAUGUUAGGUAGUAUUAUAAUUAUAAGUUACAUGUUUUUAUAGUAUCAUAUUAUUAAUGAUUGCAACAUGAAAUAUAACAAUUUCAAAAUGUAUUGUAUAGUUACUCUUGUUAAUUAAAAGGAAUAACUUCGAUUUUUCAAUCAUUGGAUUAUUCUUUUAAUACUAUCAAUAACUUAUCACAACCCAAAAGUAAAGAUUGCCAGGUGAUUCAGGUUUCGGAAACCGGGGACUUUCAAAAUUCAUUUUUCUUUGAAGACCUACAUGAGUACAGCAGUGACUCAUAGCAGCAAUGAUAGGCCAGAAUCACCUCUUCUCUAUCUAGCACUCUGCUGAGCCUCAACAUUGCUUUGAAUUCAAUUCCUUUGAAAAGAUUCAACAUGAGAUGAUCAAGUCAGUCCCUGAUCCAGAGCAACCCCCUACAGAUUGGUAGCACCAGAUGAUAGCAGCUCAUUGAUUUGAACUUCACAUUCCAAUGGAUUACCUGGCAAUCUGUGAAUUGAGAAUUCAAUGAAAAGCCCUGCACACACACAUAUCGAUUUUUGUUUGUACGAUAUUUUGCCGUCCUUAUGAAUUAUAUAAGAUUAAAUGGAACUUGAAAAAUAUCAUUUGUUUAAUCUAAAUGGAAAUUGAUCUAAUGGAA